CAGCUCACUCGUUUGUUCCUCAGUUCCUCCAUGACUGCGUUGUCUAUGUUUGUUAGUACCAAAGUAUAGUCAGACCUCAGAUAAUACGGGCUAUAUUGCUAUUUGGCAAAUAAACACAGUCCUGAGUUAUUGACUUCCAUAGUCAGUUUCAUUUGUAAUACGGCGUACGAUUGGAUACGAAUUUACAUUCAGUUUGUGUUUGACCAUUCAUCAUGAUGCGUUACUGGGGUGAGAUCCCUGGGCCUGCAGGAGCUCCUCCCAGUCGCAGCUCCUUUGACUUGUUACAGCGUGAGUUCCGCUCUGUGGAGAUGCAGGAUCCACCCCUGCACCAGCCCUCAGCGCAGCGUCCCCGACCCACCACAAUGCUGGAUAUCCCCUCUGAGCCCUGCAGCCUCACCAUCCACACAGUGCAGCUGUGCCAGCAUGCCCGCCGCCUCCGGGCACUGUUGGCUGCUGCCCAAGCUCAGGCUCAGGGUCAGAGCUCUGCAUCCUCUGAAGGUGGCAGCAGGUUGGAGGAAUCAGACACCACCCUGCCACUACGGCCUCCCACCCCUCCUGUCAUGCCAGAUGACCUACUGCCAAUAGACAGCAAAGCACCUCGACAGCCCUUCCAACUCCGGCACAGUGACCCUGAAAGUGACUUUUAUAAGGGUAAAGGUGAGCCUGUCACUGAACUGAGUUGGCCCUCCUGCAGGCAGCUCCUCUAUCAGUCAGUGGCCACGGUCCUGGCCCACGCUGGCUUCGAAUCAGCCCAGGAAAGUGUACUGGAGACUCUUACUGACCUGGUCCAUGAGCAUUACCUGCGGAUCACUCGUCUACUGCGGGUAGCAGUGGACAGGGAGGCACGGCUGGGAGCCAGCGCAUUCCCAGAUGUGGUAGAACAAGUGUUCCAUGAAGUAGGCAUUGGCAGCGUUCUGGCCCUGCAGCGCUUUUGGCAAGUGCGGAUCAAGGACUAUCACAGCUACAUGCUUCAGGUGAGCAAAGAUCUGUCAGAAGAAUAUGAACGGCUGGUGAACCCAGAGAAAGCUCUGGAGGAUUCCAAACCCCCCAGAAUCAAGGAGGAGCCCAUGAGUGACAUUUCCUUCCCUGUUAGUGAGGAGCCUGAGGCUGAUCUGGCCUCUGGGGACCAGGCUCUGCCCAUGGGGGUGCUUGGGGCCCAUGGUGAGAGGCUGGCAACAGGUCUGGAUGGCGACCAUUCUCCGCAUACCUCAGGUGGAGGCGGAGCCAACAACUCCCCGCUGUGGCCCCAGGUAAAAAUGGAGCCACACGAUGGCGAUGAGGGCCAAGGAGCCGGUCACCACCACCACCACCAUCACCACAGCGUUCUGGGUGGAGAUGUGUUCGAGGAGGGGGGGCCCAUGUCCACCAUGAGCGAGUCUGGAGGAGCCAUGGCUCCCUCUCCCGGAGGCGCCGCCUCAGACGGAAGCUUCGUCUCGCAUUCCCCCGACUCCCUGAUGGGGACGUCGCCCGUCUUCAACCAGAGACCCAAGAAACGGAAGAAGAUGUGAGGACGUAUUUGUAGCUCAAAGAUCUAGUUUUUCAGGAGGGACAGUGGACUAUGAAAUGACUAGCAGAUUUUCCAGACGUGUUGCGACAGAAGUGAAGUGGACUGAACAGAAUAUGUCUCCAGAUGUCCAGUGUCUCUGCAUUAACUGUCAUAACAAAAGUGAAUGCAGAGAAAAGGGGCUUUGUAGUUUGUUUAAUUGGGUUUUAUCCCAAAAUAGCUAAUUAAUAGACGCUGUUUCUUCAUUUUGUAUUAAUAACACCAAAAGAAUAAACGUCUUUUGAAAUACUCAA